AGAGAGAGAGAGAGAGAGAGAGAGAUAAUAUAUACGUACGUAUAUGCAAGCGGAUAAGACUAAGACAAAUAUGACACUCUCCUUGGUCCCGUUAGUGCGUGCAUUAACACUGGCAUCCUUAGCGGGCAGUGGCAGCAGGCAUGUGAGCAGUCAUCGAGACAUGCAGGGGGAAAGGGAGGAGGGAGACAGCUAGUCCUUCAGCCCACGUGGCAAAGAGGAAGGAUAAAAGUGAUCCCAGGAAGAGAAAGCGUGACGCGGGCAGUCUAACGUGCCGAUAUCCUACCGAAAGAAAGGUAACUAAAUAGAAUAGUUCAUAUUUUGGAGCGGAACAACGUCAGAGCCCGCUAACUUCUUCCACUGACGCACUAACUUUCCCUGGUAUAUCAAAGGGAGGCGCUCGUGCCAAACUCCAGACAGAGGCGGGACAGGAGGGACGGUGCAUCAAGAGUGGCAGGCAACAGUAACCUCAGUAUAUCAAGAUGAGUGAAAACUGCCUUCACUGCCUUCUGCAGCCACAGCGCAAGACAUCCUCAGGCUCCUCCUCCUCCUCCUCCAUGAGGCUACGACGCCUGUCUCAGCCCACUCCCCCCCGCCAGAGGAAGCCCCCGGAAGGACUACUGGGAAAAAGGUGCAGUCUGGGACAGGAGGAGCGGCGGGAUAGAGGGGGAGGGAACGACAACACCCCCAGCAGGAGGCGCCGCUCCACAGCACAUCGCCGCUACACACUCACCACCCUCGCGCUCUGCCAGCUCCCCAGCGACGCCUCCUCCCCCUCCUCCACCGCCUCCUCAUCCCCUACAGACUUUUCAGAGUCUUUCUUUAGGUCCACAAGGGGAGCAGAACGCAGGAGCAGUGGCGCCAGAGGCAGCCCAUGGUACAACCUGCGCAGGGCGUGGUCCUUGAUUUCAGUCUCCUGCUGGCGGGAGACACUGGCCAGGGAGGAGAGGAGGAAGGAACUCAAAGAAGCCAAGAUGCUUGAGAGGAAAGGAAAGGGACCUAAGGGUAUCUUGCGGGCACCAACGAAGUAUUGCUACCACAGGGGCGUCUCGGGACUCCCCGUCACUUGUCGUGCUCCAAGUAACGAGGCGGGGAGAAACGGUGACUAGUGAAACUCGCCCGUGGAGGACAAAUUGACUUAUUGACGAAAGAAUUGAUGUAGUGGUGGCUCAGUGCUGUAGAGAUGGUGACUCGUGUAGCGGAGACGGACGUGAAUCUGACUGUAUAUGGUGAUAUGAUGCGGAACUAUUUUUGUUGUGAGAAAAGCGUGAGUGUGGCAGCCUGCUUUGCGCCGCCGCCCCGCUGCCUCAUGCUACGAGUGUACUGCAAGAAAGCCAAGCGAUAGUAAAUACAAGGGUAUUUAAAACAGCAACAGAUCUUUAGAUCCCAAUUACACUGUUUGAUUUUAUUUUACUGUAUUAUAUGCAAUCUACAGUGUUAGAGAAGAAAAGUAAAAAAAAUCUACUGGAUAAAGGAAAAGAAGUGUGUUAUCUAGAAGACCACAGUUUUUGUGAAGGAAUACAAAUAUAUGUUUGUUUUUUGUUUUGUUUUUUUACGGUAAGGCCUAUAGCGCCUGUAGGCACACUUGAAGAGUGUAUGGGAAGCGCUGUUCAGCUUCCGCCCAUUAGUGGUCCGUGUUUAUGAUAUGUUGGUAUGGCAAUGUAAUGUGUAGGAAACGCACGCUAUCAAGUUAGGUUAGAUUAAGUCACCCCUAGCAUCAAAUCAAGACAAAAGUGUUAUGUGCUGUACAGUAUAUCAUUGCUAGAAAGAAAAAAUAUAUGAAGUUGUGUUGGCAUGGUGAUGUGUUGUGUAUAUAGGUGGAGCUAGGUAAUGGCAGCUCACAUUGUUAAGUAAGGUUAGAUUAGGUCACCUACAUUUUCAAUCAAGAGAAAGGUGUUACCUGUUAUUGUUGAAAGGAGAGUACAAAUGUAUACUGAUAAGGCAAUAUAUUGUGUAUAUAGUACAUUACUUGUGUGUGUCAUGGAAACUUACUGCUAGGUUAAGUUAAAUUAAGUCACCUUUAGUGUAAACCAAAAGAACAGUUUUCAUUUAGUUUAUUUGUUAUUGUUGAUUGGAAAGACUGUAAAGGUGUGUGGGUAUUGUAACAUGCAUGUAACGCAGGCGAAGAUAUGUACAGGAAACUCACGCUAUUAGGUAAGAUUGGGUCACUCAAAAAGGUACUAUCUUCUGUUUUUUAUGGAAGUAUAAAGGAUAUGUUGGUAUGUUGUAUUGUGUGCGUAGUGGAGGUGGGCACAGGUGUAGGAGUCUCACGGUAUCGAUAAAUCAAUAAAAUGACGAAAUAAUGAGUCGUGAAUAUCUAACCGAGAGCGAGUGGCGGGAAUGACCUUGUGGCGCUACGUUUUUCUUAUAUAAUAUGAGAUAAGAGAGUGGAGGCGAUAAACACGUCUGCCUUUAAAUUAGAUAAUGGAGUACGUAUUAUUGUCAAUCGAGACACUCAUGUGCUGUCAUCUGAUUAUGAUAAAGAUGUGUGUAUGAAAUGCUUUGCUCUCUCUCCACGACUAUUUACGAAGGACAAAGUUGAUUAGCCAUGCUCUUAAGAGUGCCUUUUUAUAACAUAGAAAUUGCGUUACCUUGCCACUAGAAUAAUAUACCCUUAGUAAUAAACAAAUAGAAAAAUAAUAAAACUUGUAAUUUCAACUAAAGCCUUUUUGAAACAAUGGAGAUGCGGUAUAGAAUUGUUUCAUAAUACUGUAUAAUAUAUUGAGACUUAUGGUUAGCAGUAAUGUCACACACACCAUGUUAGUUUAGUUUAGUGUGAUGUUGUAAUCUAGCGGGGUUUGUUUGCCUCGUCACGCGACAACCUCCUGCAACGCAUCUGAAAUGUCCAUGCAUGUGUAGACUUGACCCACUUCACGAUUCCCUCCAAUAAUAACAAAUAAUAGAGAAAAGAAAAUCCAACCCCUAAUAUCGUACCCUGAAAAGAAAAAUGAUAAGUUUCGAUGUAAUCUCUGACAACCCUGUACACUCUUACAAAAAGAAGAAGAAGAAAAAGAUAUAUUACUUGCUUAUAAUGAUCCUAUCUCACCUAUAUUUGAUCCCCGACGACUUUCCCUGUUCUAGAAUAUAUUUGACCCUUCACGACUCUCUCUACAGGACCUCGUCCCGUGUAAAAAACUUAGCUCCUAUAAUAUGAAGUCUAUUUCUGAUUAUCCCACUGUAUUCAUGCCCUCUUCAUGUUUAGACUUGGAAACCGAGUCCUGAAUAAUAGAUACGGCAACAUCCUUAACCAUUCAUUGUUGUAAUCUUACAACAGAUUCUCGGGCUGCAAGAAUCCUUUAGAUCCCUUCUAGGCUGUUUGAGAGAGAAAUUAUAAGGGAUCUGAAACGAAGUACAAAGUAUUAUAAGUUAUUUGAAGAGAUUAUAAUUUACAAGUGUACUAUUCAGGAAGGAAAUCAGUAGUAAUAUGGUAGCACGAAGCCACAUGUAAACACAUUUUCUUUUUAUUGAAAUACCGUAUCCAUACAAUUACAGGCAUUUCCUGUAUCUUUAUUUUUAUUUUGAUGUAUAACGCGUGCGUCCAUAGCACAAGCAGGUUUCUCUCCCUUGCCUUUCAAUAACUUUGCUUUUCUUGCCUUCUCUAUUGUAUAUAGUUUAUUUACUUAGAAUACAUAAUUAUGUUCUUUUAUACUCUUGGUGGUCUACAUUUGUAAUUAUCCCUCCUAUAAAUUAGUGAGCAUCAAUCUGUUACACGUAUGUAUGAAUUUAGCUUUUGCUGUCAUCUCUGUAUGUUAAACGUUAUUUUAU